CUUUUUUCCGAACCUUCACAUAAAGUAGGCCUAUAGUAGGUCGUAUCCCCAUGAAUUUCUCUCUGACGUAACCUGCGACGCUUUCUGGCUUCGGCUCUCUCGCUUGCUGGCUUUCUUUUCCUGAAAUUAUGCCUUUUUAGAUUCAGGUUACUACAUCAGGUCUUCAACUUUAAGGGGUGUUUCUCCGAGUACAACUGCGGGAAAAUAUGGCAUCCAAUAGGGUUCAAGGUGGAAUCCAACAAUUGUUGACUGCAGAACAAGAAGCUCAACACAUUGUCAAUGCAGCCAAAAGUGCAAAAAUGGCUAGGCUGAAACAAGCCAAAGAAGAGGCUGAAAGGGAGAUUACUGAAUAUCGGGCACAAAUAGAGCGUGAGUUCCAGAGGAAAGUUGCAGAGAGCAGUGGUGAUUCAGGUGCAAAUGUUAAGCGGCUUGAGCAUGAGACAGGGGCAAAGAUCCAUCACCUGAAGACAGAAGCUGCAAGGAUAUCACAGGAUGUUGUUGUCAUGCUUCUGAAGCAUGUGACGACUGUGAAAAAUUAAGUCUGGAUGGUAAAGGUGAAAUUGCAAACUCCUAAAUCUUGUUAGUUUUGGAUGGGUUCAUCCUGGACCUUAGACUUCCUGUGUGCUGUGGGUAAGAUUCCUAUUCCGGUACUUGUUAUGUUUCGUAUUGCACUUUAUCAAAGGAUAAUAACUUAUGUUUUUAUUGUUUGAAUGAAAUAACAUCCCUGAAAUUGUAGCCA